AUGAGGAUAUUCCGGGAAAGAAAAGAGGAUUAUGGGACUGUGUAGAAACACGAAAGUGUUCUGCAUUUUACGUCCCUGAUAAUUAUAGUUUUAUGUAAGAGGAAUAUAUUGUGUGGCCCGGAAGGACAUCUCGUCAUUAACAUGGUACUUGAAAAGUACAUCCAAGUCAAGAGGGUAUAUUUCAUAACACGAUAGCAGGCAUCGGGUGUGGAGUGUGAAGGUGAGCCAGGGGCGCGGAGAGAGAGGAUGAUCACCGCCUGACCACAAUGAGGAUCCAUCCACGGAAGGUCGUGACCUAUGGCCUUUUUACCCUGGUCGUCUUUUUCGUAUUCCUGUUUUACAAUCAGAAUAAGCUGACGAGCGUAGACAAUGACCCUCCGUGGAAAGAUUCUGAUUCUGCCUACAAACGAGCCCUGAAAGUAGAUCCACAUGGUCGAUUUCACAGUCACGUGAUUCAAGAUCAGAAAAAGACACCCACAACCACCAAAAUCAUUCGUUCUCUAAGCUCCUUGCUUUGGCCAUCUUUGGAAUAUUAUGACGAUGACAGAAUUUUGGCUCAAAUGGCCCAUCGUCCAAAGGGUGUGCUUGACAAGGAGAAAAAAGGCGAAAAAGUGAAGGAGAAAGUGAUUUUAGUUUACCACGGUUAUGGAGCUUGGGGUGUACAACAUGGACGUAACCAAUUCAAGGAACAGAAAUGUCCAGUUCAGCAUUGUCACGUGACCGACGAUAGACGCCGAAUCAAUGACGCUGACAUCGUCAUGUUCCACCACUCACCAUCCAGACCCUGGGCGACAAGGCCACCCAACCAAAUCUGGCUUUUGUUUUUGUUGGAGUCUCCUUAUCACACACCGGGACUGAGCGGUGUGAAUGACGUGUUUAACUGGACGGCAACGUAUAGACACGAUUCCGUGAUAGUUGCGCCUUACGAACGUUUUACUCUACACAAUGAAUCAGUAAGAACGUUACCGCUUAAAAAGAAUUAUGCUGAAGGUAAAACCAAAAAAGUGGCUUGGUUUGUGUCAAACUGUGGUGCAAGGAAUGCUCGUCGUCAGUAUGUAGAGGAGUUAUCAAAAUAUAUACCUGUGGAUAUUUACGGUGCUUGUGGACCAUUAAGGUGCCCGAGACACAAAGCUAAUGAUUGUUUUACAAUGCUCAGUAAAGACUACAAAUUUUAUUUAUCGUUCGAAAACUCAAACUGCCGAGAUUAUAUAACGGAAAAGUUCUUCGUGAACGGCCUAACGAACGAUGUUUUACCAAUUGUAAUGGGUGCAGCCCCAGAGGACUACGAAAGAGCGGCCCCAUAUCAUUCAUACAUCCACGUGGACGAGUUCGAAACCCCUAAAGAUCUCGCCGAAUAUCUUCAUAAACUAGAUAAGAAUGAUUCUUUAUACAACGAAUACUUCAGAUGGAAGGGCACCGAUUCUCCUAGCUGUGCGAGGAACCCCUCCCCUCCCCCUGAAUUACAGGAGAACAAAGAUCUGUUUGAAGCUGGGGCCAUUCGCAACACAACCUUCAGCAAACACUGGCUAUUCUCAACUCUCAUGAAACUUAUUGAGGAAGUAGAUAAAGAGAGGGACAACAGAGCGGUAGGGGAUGGGGAGAAUGAUUUCAGUGUGGAUGUGGACGAAGACUUACAGAACGAGCUGUGUGAACUCUGGGACAUGUCCAUGAACUCCGAAGUGGUCCAGUUUCUCCAUGAAUUCAAAGCUAUUGAUAUAUUUGUUGGAGUUAUUGGCAAAUCAAAAGCUCCCAGGGUCACAGAGAUUUGUGUAGGUAUUUUGGGAAACAUGGCUUGUGAUGAAACAGUUUGUGUGACAAUGUCAGAAAAUGAAAAAGUUAGGAGCAUGGCCUUGCUGCUGUUAGACAAUUCUGAUCCUCAGACAUUAAAUGAAACAACCAGGUUUCUUUACACCAGUCUGUCUAACCCUGCGGCCAGGGGGGCGUGGAUUGAGACUAUCACCCGAUCAGAAAACAUCCAGGAUCACAUCAACUUUAUCUUUCAAAGCUCCACAAAAUGUGAUCUGCUACACAACACGGCUGAGUUUUUAGAUGUUUUACUAGAUGUAGAUGAGGAGCUUUGUGAAAAGUGGGCCACACCCCUUCUUAUACAGUCCAUGCUGGAAGCAAUCAAACAGAUCGGAUGUAAACACAGUGAAGCCCUGGAAACCUACUUACAUAUCUUCCAGCUGCUGUCCACCACAGAAACAGGGGUCGAAUCUCUAGUUGAGUGUGCUGAUGGCCUAUGCCCCCCGCUGAUGAAGUACCUCGGAAUACUCUGUGAAGAUGAAAUAGUAGGACUGGAGGGGCGGGAGGCAGCAAUAUCCUCAGCCCUGUCUGUCCUCAAUGUCAUAUUUACUUCUCAUGAGGAAACGGCAGCCAAGCUUCUCAGAGAUGAAAAAUUAUUGAGGAUAUUCCUGAAAAUUUUAGAGCCAUUGAUGCCAUACAUUCAGCAAAUUAAUUCCGAGGAAAGUGCCAAAGACAAAGAAUUGGAAAAGGAGCCUGAUGUAGAUGGAGAGGGGGACAAAACAGACACAGAAGAGGCACAGUGUUCAUCUUCUGCUGAUGACAACAAAACCGAUGAAAAGGUGGCUCAGAAAUCAGACGAUGAUGUGGCUAAUGAUGAAGAGGAUGAUGAUGAUGAAAUGUCAGAGAAAACUAAGAGACACUUGAUGAUGCUCUAUAGAAUCCUUCAGGGAUUUGCAUAUGAUGUUUUGUUUUCCAUUCACAUGGCCAUGACAGAAGAGGAGGAGAAUUUGUCGAAAGAAAUGAAACACAAAAAUCUCUUCAUCUACCUGAACGAAUCCGUCAGCAGGCUUCGUCUGAAUUACUUCAUAACCACUCUUAAGGACUCCACAAAUGAAUCAUAUAAUCCUGUAGAUACCUUAAAAACUGCAGCAAACAAGCUCAAACUUGAAAGACUUGGUCGAAUCAUUCAGUCAGUCUUAGAAGGACGCUGUGUGAGCAGAGAAAAUUCUGAUGGAAAUGGAACUUAGUGAAUGUUCUGGUAUAGAUUAAAGAAUCUUGUACAUCUGUUAUACAUACAUGUGUAUAUCAUCAUUGAUUCAUAAUAUAAAAUAUUAAAAGUUUUAUCAGUG